AUGGUCCUCCUAUCAAGAUCAACAUUGCAUCAUCACCAUCGUCACUACCGAGUACCGUCUUCUACAAAGUUCGUUUGUCUCGGGCCUCUUUACCACCCAAGCUCACCAUUUCUUCCAUUACAAACACUGAUCAGCAACAACGAUAGUUACACAUACAAGAAGAGCAUAAUUGUCCCAACACUAUCAAAGGAGACAACCAAACUAGCAGCAAGAGCACUCUCUACCUCAGCAGCAGCUACAAUGGUCAAAGCUAUUAGGGUUCAUGAACUCGGUGGACCUGAGGUUCUGAAAUGGGAGGAAGUGGAAAUAGGAGAGCCAAAGGCAGGAGAGAUCAGGGUGAAGAAUAAGGCCAUUGGGCUUAACUUCAUCGAUGUAUACUAUCGCGAAGGAGUUUACAAGGCUGCCACAAUACCUUUUACACCAGGUAUGGAAGCAGUUGGUGUGGUGACUUCCUUGGGUCCUGGACUAACGGGCAGGAAAGUUGGAGAUCUCGUCGGUUAUGCUGGUAACCCAAUGGGUUCAUAUGCUGAAGAGCAGAUCCUUCCAGCAGAAAAAGUGGUGCCUGUUCCUUCCACUCUGGAUCCUGUUGUAGCUGCAGCUGUCAUUCUCAAAGGAAUGACAGCACAAUUCCUAGUUCGUCGGUGUUUCAAGGUUGAACCUGAACACACAGUUCUUGUUCAUGCAGCAGCAGGUGGAGUUGGGUCUCUGUUGUGCCAGUGGGCAAAUGCCCUUGGUGCCAUUGUCAUUGGAACCGUCUCAACCAAAGAAAAGGCAGCUCAAGCCAAAGAUGAUGGAUGUCAUCAUGUCAUAAUGUACAAGGAAGAGGAUUUUGUUACCCGUGUCAAUGAGAUAACUUCAGGCAAAGGAGUUGAUGUUGUCUAUGAUUCAGUUGGAAAAGACACCUUUCAGGGUUCUUUGGCCUGCUUAAAAAUCCGCGGAUACAUGGUAAGUUUUGGGCAGUCCUCCGGUACACCAGACCCACUACCAUUGUCGGCACUUGCAGCGAAAUCGCUGUUCUUGACAAGGCCCACCCUCAUGCAGUACAAUCUAACACGGGAAGAGCUGCUUGAAAAUUCUGGAGAGCUAUUUGCUGGCAUCACAUCGGGGGUCUUAAGGGUCCGUGUAAAUCGCACCUACCCCUUAUCUCAGGCGGCACAAGCGCAUGCUUAUCUUGAGGGUCGGAAGACAUCAGGAUCCGUUGUUCUGAUACCAGAUGGUAUUGACCAGUAA